GGUCCCUUGAGGAGCAGAUCCUGGGCAGAAUGGAGGAAUAUAUAGAAGCAGGCUCUGAACAAGGACUAGGGGACCAGAGGGUCCUAAUCGACAAUCCUGCUGACAUCUUGGUCAUUGCCGCUUAUUUCUUGCUGGUCAUUGGUGUUGGCUUGUGGUCUAUGUGCAGAACCAACAGGGGCACCAUUGGUGGCUACUUCUUGGCAGGACGAAGCAUGAUUUGGUGGCCGGUUGGAGCCUCUCUCUUCGCCAGCAACAUCGGCAGUGGCCACUUUGUGGGCCUGGCAGGGACUGGUGCUGCAAGCGGCUUGGCUGUGGCUGGAUUUGAGUGGAACGCGCUGUUUGUGGUGCUGCUGCUCGGCUGGCUCUUCGCUCCUGUGUACCUGACCGCAGGUGUCAUUACGAUGCCGCAGUAUCUGCGCAAGCGCUUCGGUGGCCAUCGUAUCCGCCUCUACCUGUCUGUGCUCUCACUAUUUCUGUACAUCUUCACCAAGAUUUCGGUGGACAUGUUUUCUGGUGCAGUAUUCAUUCAGCAAGCUCUGGGCUGGAACAUCUAUGCUUCUGUCAUUGCCCUCUUGGGUAUCACCAUGAUUUACACUGUGACAGGAGGACUGGCAGCACUGAUGUACACGGAUACUGUGCAGACCUUCGUCAUUCUGGGGGGUGCCAUCGUUCUCUCGGGUUACGCUUUCCACGAAGUGGGUGGCUAUUCAGGGCUCUUCGACAAAUACCUGGGAGCAAUGACUUCGUUGACGGUGUCCAAGGAUCCGGCUGUGGGCAACAUCUCCAGCUCCUGCUAUCAGCCACGGCCCGACUCUUACCACCUGCUCCGGGACCCUGUGACAGGGGACUUGCCUUGGCCUGCACUGCUCGUGGGGCUUACCAUCGUCUCAGGCUGGUACUGGUGCAGUGACCAGGUCAUAGUGCAGCGCUGUUUGGCUGGAAAGAACCUGACCCACAUCAAGGCGGGCUGCAUCUUAUGCGGCUACCUGAAGCUUUUGCCCAUGUUUCUCAUGGUCAUGCCAGGCAUGAUCAGUCGCAUUCUUUACCCAGACGAAGUAGCCUGUGUGGUACCAGAGGUGUGUAAACGCAUAUGUGGGACUGAGGUGGGCUGCUCCAACAUCGCCUACCCACGGCUUGUUGUGAAACUCAUGCCCAAUGGUCUUCGUGGACUUAUGUUGGCUGUCAUGCUGGCUGCACUCAUGUCCUCGCUGGCAUCAAUCUUUAACAGCAGUAGCACACUUUUCACCAUGGACAUCUAUACACGCUUGCGGCCUCGAGCAGGCGAAGGGGAGUUGCUGAUAGUUGGACGGAUCUGGGUAGUGUUCAUUGUGGCAGUGUCAGUGGCCUGGCUACCAGUAGUGCAGGCAGCACAGGGCGGGCAGCUCUUCGAUUAUAUCCAGUCAGUCUCCAGCUACUUGGCACCACCUGUAUCUGCAGUCUUUGUGCUUGCCCUCUUUGUGCCCCGUGUUAAUGAGAAGGGUGCCUUCUGGGGACUGAUUGGAGGCCUGCUGAUGGGCCUGGCACGCCUUAUUCCUGAGUUCUCCUUUGGGUCUGGCAGCUGUGUGAGACCCUCAGCAUGCCCAGCACUCAUUUGCCGGGUGCACUACCUGUACUUUGCCAUCAUGCUCUUCGUCUGCUCUGGCCUCCUCACUCUCAUAGUCUCCCUGUGCACUGAGCCUAUUCCUCAAAAGCAUCUCCAUCGCCUGGUUUUCAGUCUCCGGCACAGCAAGGAGGAACGAGAGGACCUGGAUGCUGAUGAGCUAGAAGGUCCAACCUCUCCCCCUGUACAGAAUGGGUAUCCAGAGCAUGCAGUGGAGAUGGAGGAACCUCAGUCCGUGGCACCAGGUUUAUUCCGCCAGUGCCUGCUCUGGUUCUGUGGAAUGAGUAGGGGUCGUGCAGGUGGUCCUCCACCCCCUACCCAGGAGGAGGUGGCUGCAGCAGCCAGGCAGCUGGAGGAUAUCAGUGAGGACCCAAGUUGGGCUCGUGUAGUCAACCUCAAUGCCCUUCUUAUGAUGACUGUGGCCACAUUCUUCUGGGGUUUUUAUGCAUAACAUCAAAUGUGUUGGAUACCAUGAGCCAUAACUAGGGUAGGGCUCAUCCUCACAAUAAUUGAGGAUGGAGAACCUAUAGUAGUUCCCAGGGAAGGGAGAGGAGAAGGGGCAAAAGUAGAAUGGGAAGGUCUUCGUUCUUCCUGCCUUAUCUCUGCCUGGGGUCCAGUCCAUCUGAUUGGCAGUCACUUCCUAUGAGGCCUUGGCCAACCUGCCGUAGCAAUUCACCUAAAGCAAAAAUAAAGUUGCUUUUUCUAUGUUC